GUCCGAUUACGACCGUCCUCGGUUUCUCUGUGCUCUGUGCUCUGUGCUCUGUUCUCUGUGUGCCCUGUUCCCUGACGAUUGCUUCACGUGGUUUUACCUUUUUCUAGUGUACUUCUUCUCUUCAAUAUCACAUUUCAAAUCCCUCUCCCCAUACAUUCGUCCGGACACGCUCUCCUAGGCUGCCCGUUGCGUUUGAAGCAGCACAGCUUCGAGGUAUCCAUAAUAUGUUUGCGUAUGGUUACAUCGCAACGAUAAGUCCCUGGGAGCCUCUUGUUGUGCUUGCGCAAAUCGUUACACCUACAUCACUGCUUCGAAUCAUCAUCUGAAACUAUCCCUACUGCGACCAACUUCCCCUCCCUUCCACUGCCGCUUAAGUUUCAGAGAACCUCUUCCUCACCUCGAACACUCGAUCUUAUACUAUACGAUCGCUCGCUACCCUCUCACCGAAUUCGCAUGCGCCCCUGAAAGACAUAGCAAUUAUAAACGAUUUAUCCGUAGCAGGGCUCCUCUAAUCCAUAACUUCUUUCGUUCCCUAUCCUAUCCUUCUUUUUAGCCUGCCAUGGGAUUUCUCGGUGUAUACAAGGCCAUAUAUGAUUAUGCGCCACAGUCAGAAGGGGAACUUUCCAUAGGCGAAGGAGACGUGCUUUAUGUCCUAGAGAAAAGCAAAGAUGACGAUUGGUGGAAAGCUAAAAAGAAAGCUAGCGCCGACGACGAAGAUGAACCGGUUGGGUUGGUACCUAACAACUACGUAGAAGAGGCACAACCCGUAGGCCAAGCCCGUGCCUUGUACGAAUAUACUCGGCAGACCGACGAGGAGCUGUCGUUUCCUGAAGACGCCCAGUUGCAAGUCUUCGAUACGUCCGACCCCGAUUGGAUUCUUGUUGGGUUUGAAGGUGAUUACGGUUUCGUUCCGGCAAAUUAUAUUGAUGUGGCUGCAGCCGCCGCUUCGGCUACUGCCCCGAAGAUCGAGCCAGAUGUCGAAUCUCAGCCUGAACUUGAACCUGAAACCGAACCGGCAGUUGUCCCCAAGCCUCCAUCGCUACCUGUACGACCUCCUGCUCCGGUUGAGCCAGGAGUGCCUCAAAGCCCCCCUCUACCGGAUAGGAGGUCAUCGGUAAGAUCUACGGCGACUCCGGCAGCGCCGGCAGGCCCCGCUGCUGCCCUGGCUGGUGUAAUGGCUGGUAGGGGUUCUGGUACUCGCGCACGAACACCUCCGCCAGUUACUGUACCUCCUCGCCAGCAAUAUCUAUCAGAAGAGUCCGAUGGAGAACCAAGCCCCGCUCUGCCAGCCCGACCGCUGUCCCAGUCAACGUCAACCAUAUCCAAUGACCAUCAUGCUACGCCGACACCUCAUCCACAGCGAUCUUCUAGCCGCCGCGACUAUGAGGAUGAAUCUCUCCAGCCCCAGUCGAGUCGUAUUGCGCCAGGUGGUUUUCAUAUGUACAACAUCAACGAGAUGGUAUCUGUGAUGGGCAAGAAAAAGAAGAUGCCGACAACCCUAGGCGUGAAUUUGAAAACGGGAGUUAUCCUCAUCGCUCCAGAACAUGCCCAGGACGGUCCAACCCAGGAAUGGACUGCGGAUAAGAUGACGCAUUAUUCCCGAGAGGGCAAACACGUGUUUUUGGAACUCGUACGGCCAAGUAAAAGCAUAGAUUUCCAUGCAGGCGCCAAGGAUACGGCGGAGGAGAUCGUCAGUGCACUCGGCGAGCUCGCCGGAGCUGUGCGAGCGGAGGGUCUACGAGAAGUCAUCAUGGCCGGAACUGGUCGAGGCGGUCAAAAGAGGGGCCAGGUUCUCUACGAUUUCAUGGCCCAGGGAGACGAUGAAGUUACUGUUGCUGUAGGAGACGAAGUUAUAGUCAUCGACGACAGCAAGAGCGAAGAGUGGUGGCAGGUUCGCCGCCUCAAAAACGGAAAAGAAGGCGUCGUCCCAAGCAGCUACAUCGAAAUCACCGAUAUGAUUACGGCACAGACGGCAUCGGGAAUCACUGCCGGCAAGUCUACCGUGGCACAAAAUCGAUUGGAGGAGGCGCGCUUGACUAAGGAAGCAAUCAAGCGAGAUCAGAAAGCAGCAGAGGUAGGACCCGGAAUGCGUUUGCCUGAGAGGCGUAGUAGUUUGUCAGCAAGGAACAAUGGUAACAAUUUUGGGCAACAGCGAAAUCGACGCGAAAACGGUCAUGCCGAGAGUAGCCGUUCCGGUUCUUCUAAGCCUAAGCCAGAUCCGGCCAAGGUGCGGACUUGGACCGACCGCUCCAAGUCCUUCAGCGUCGAAGCGCAAUUCCUCGGUCUUAAAGACGGCAAAAUCAACCUGCACAAGAUGAAUGGCGUCAAAAUUGCUGUCCCCAUAGCCAAGAUGUCGAUCGAAGAUAUUGAGUACGUCGAGCGUGCCCUGGGAGUGUCUCUAGAUGAGGAUAAGCCUCUGUCAGAAGUUAAACGUGCCAAGACAUCAAAAGCCAGUGCGAAUCGAGAGCCCGCAACUAGUAAAGUUGGCGCCUCCGUUGAGCCCGCGAAGCCGGACUACGACUGGUUUCAGUUCUUCUUAUCUUGUGAUGUCGCCGUCGGCCUUUGUGAGCGUUACGCUCAAGCAUUUACUAAGGAUUCUAUGGACGAAAGUGUCUUGCCUGAUGUGGACGCCAGCGUACUCCGGAACCUGGGUCUACGGGAAGGCGAUAUAAUCAAGGUUAUGCGCUUCUUGGAUAAGAAAUUUGGUCGUGAUGGUAAGAAGAGAAACGUUAGCUUUGCCGGAGAUGAGGAAGAUGGUUCCAGCGGCGGCCUCUUCUCCGGACCAGGUGGGACACUACGAAACAACACCCGAAAGGGUCGUCCUGCCCCGGCCGUCCAGACGAAUGACAGUGUGGACCCUAAAGCGUUCUCGCGGCAGAGGGAGAGUAGUGCACAUGGUUCAGAUUCUUCUUCGCCCGUCACGUCUCGUCCGAAGGCUGCUGAGAAGAGCAACGCCGGUGGGUUCGAUGACGACGCAUGGGAUGUAAAACCUGCAAAACAGCCGGAGCCCGAAGCGAAGCCAGCACCGGCUACGGAGCCAAAGUCAGCAGCGGUCGCUGAACCUCCCCAGCGGCCGCCGACGCAGGCCAUGCAAGAUCUUUCCCUCCUGACAGCUCCACUAGAGCCAACCAAGACGCAACCAACCCCUAUGGCGCCUUUAAUAGCCCAGCCGCCGCCGCCGUCGCAACCGCUGGUCCAACCACAACAGACACAGUCCCAACCUCUACCCCAGGGAGCAACACCAUCAUUCUUCACGGGCAUUCCGCAACAGCAGACCGGUAUUCCAUCCGCGCCAGUCCCACAGGCUACGCCAGCUCAACCUCUCAACCUAGGACUCGGCAAUCGGCAAAGACCGCAACCUCCCCAAAUGACUGGAAGUCAAGGCGCUCUGAUGCCACCGCCUCCUCCAUCACGGCCGUUGUCGGCGCCACAGUCGGCACAACCCAGCGGGUUUGCGCCUCCUCCGCUGCAACCACAGAUGACAGGCAUCGCGGCCCCGGGACAAAGCUUGAACGACCUGAACCAGCAACGGAUGCAGCAACAGUACAUGGGAUCGUUCCAACCCCAGCCGACGGGCCAGGGCAUGAUGCCAUAUAACCCGAGUACUGGCACACAACCCCAACCCGGGUUUGGGACAGGCCAGUUCAUGCAACCCCAAAUGACUGGAGUUCCACAGACGCAGAGCCCAUUCUCGGACCCUCGCCCACAACAAUUCUCGCCUAUUCAAAACCAACCCACCGGGUUUCCGGGAGGUUUCCAACCAGCUCAGCAGUUCCCACAGCAGCAGGGCGGGGUUAAUUCGUUUUUACCACCUGCGCUAGAGCCUCAGCGAACGGGCAUGCUGCCAAUCCAACCGCAAUCUACCGGCUUUGGGGGAUUCGGUCAGGGAUUCAACACCGGGAUGAACAAUACAGCUAUUCAACAGCCGCCCCCGACCCCUCUCCUUCCCCAGAAGACCGGACCGGCACCCCCUGUGCGUUUCGGUGUUGCAGAUAAGAUUGUUCCUCAGCCAACUGGACGUCGUGCGAACCUGGCACAUGCAACCCCGGACAAUCCCUUCGGAUUUUGAAGGCCUCUAUGUACAUGGGUGCUGCAGCCAGCUAGGCGUGGUAUCAGAUUGGUGUUAAUUAUACUGGGCAAGUCUGGCAUGCAUGAACGGUGGCAUUUAUGGAAUUCAGUACUGUGGCAUUCUCAUUACGCUCUACACUAUACUUGUGUCCUGUAGCUGCUCUGGCAUCGCCUGACAUGUAUUUACCACUAAGCGCUUGAAAGCUAAUUUAAUCUUGGGACGGAUCAUACCCCGACUUAUCACAAGUCU